AGUUGACGACAAAAUUUCACAAAAGCCGAUUAGAAUUCGCGAUAAAUAGUUAUUCAUGCAACAAGUUGUAUACAAUAUUUUUUCUACGUUCAUGAAAAAAAAAUGUAGAAAAAUAAAAAGCAUAAUUUAAUAAUUAAUUAACUCUAUCGGUUAGCAUUGAGAAUGUUGAUUUAUGUUCAGGUAGCUCUUCCACGUCGUAUGAUUACUGAUUCUAUAGGUAUCGAAAAACAAUGUAUUCGGAACAUUUAGUGAAAAUUUCAACUUGCGAAACCAGCAAAAGCUGGACAAAAAUAUUUGUAUUGAUACUUUGAAUGCGAUUGAAAAUGAAUUAAAGGUAAUAAUGUGUGACGAAUCAAAUCUGCAUUAAAAGGAAUACGAUUUGACAUAAAACGUCUCAAGUCCUGAAGGAUUUGACAUUUGACUUUCUGCACUGUUUCGAACAAGAUUCGCAUGGAGGAGAGGUUUGUAUUAAAUUAAAUUUAUAUACAUAAUAUGAAAAAAAAUUCCCGUUAUUCAAUAAACACACUUAGUACCGUUGAUAUCGAGGGAGAUUAUAUUGAUUAAACAUUAGAAUUUAUUCGCUGGAAUUGAAUUUAAGAAAGCGACAUAGUUUCCGGUCUCUCGCUUACAAAGCACUGCAGAAAUUUUACUUUUAUUCUAAAAAUAAUAAAAUGUAUAUAUUUUCGGAAAAAUUUGAUGUAAAUAUCGAGUGCGUUACUAGCAUUCGUAAAUUCUAGAAAAUACCAAAAGAAUGAGUGUAUCUGUCAGCACCGAGCGAGAAUUCGAAAAUAUAUAUCAAAUUUUGACGUCACAAGAAGCUAAGCGUCGGCAUCGCUCUCCAUAAUAUAAUAUUCGCUAUAUUUUUGCACAUUCCAUCGAUGCCAGAAUAUAAACGUCGUUUGGUCAUCGUUUAGUUACAUUCAUUAAUUUGCCGGCCGAAUAAAAACAUCACAUUCAGAAAAUUUUGUUUUCUCUUAAUUUCAACGUUAAAAAUAGUGAAUAGCAUUAUCUAAGUGAGUUUGUGCAGUGACUAUUAUUUUUUUCAAUAUUUCGAGAUGUCUACUUGUGUCAACGAAAGGGUUUUUGUGGACUCUCCACUCAAGUCUAAAGUAGCUCUAUUCAACAAUUUCGCUGAUAGACAUAUCCAAGGUCAAUCAAUAAAUCCUUUUUCAAAUGGAAGUCAAGUGGGUAGUCUACCUAGACCGUCCAUAUCCAAAGAAGAAUAUGGAAAACCACCAAAAGGUUCUCUUUCGGAAAUCAGAUCACUCAAAGCAACUAUUCAUGUCAGCAGGGAAAUGUUACAGCUGUGUCAGGUUAUAGAUCAAUGCGGGGAACGUCUUUUCAGUGUUGAAGAAAAACCUAGCGAUCCUAGAAAAGUCAUCAGCUUCGGAGAUCUUUUUGCAAUAUAUACCGCUAUUUCUGAUAAAGUGGUUGGAAUUUUACUAAGGGCUCGAAAAUAUAAUCUGGUGGAUUUUGAAGGAGAAUGUUUGUUUCAAAGACAAGAUGAUCACGUGCCAAUAAUUCUCAUGAAACCAAUUGAAGAUAUAACAAAAUUUUUAGAGGAACGGAUUGAGAACGCAAUGAAAUCAUUGAAGGAAUGCGAAGAGAUUUAGGAAAUAAAUUAUUGAUUAAUGUCGCAAGUACUAACGUUAAACUAAGAAGAAUGGACCAUAUAUCACUAAUACUGUUAACAAUAUGACUAUAAAAGUAUUAUAAUUAAAAGAAAGAUGCAGCCGAGUAUUUCCAAACCGGUCUAAAGUACAUUUAUUGUUUUUAUUUCACUUUAAAAUGUUUGUGGGCAAAAAAUAUACAAAUCGAGUUUUUGAAAGUUUUUCAUUCGCCAUUAAGAAAAAUUAUAUAGAUCAUCUUCAAUUUAUGACUAACAUUUGAAGAUUAGGAAGAUAUGAAAUUGAAAGCAUCAUUUGUAGUAUAAGAAGAUGUAGUUGUUAAAAUCGUAACUGUUGUAAAUAUUUUUAUGUAAGUACUUUUCGUUUUUACUAUACUCAAAAGAUUCAGUAUUGUCACUUCCAUUUUAUAGUCGAUAAAAUAAUUUUACAAAUAAACUUUACAAACAAUAUAAAA